AUUCAAGAGAAUGUCCUUGACCCUAAUCGUAAACUUCCGACAGCCAAAGUCUGUGGAAUUGCAGGUCACGUUUUACAUUGCUCUUAUCAACUCUCGGACACACACACGGCGUACCUUUACAACUGAUGAUUUAUAAACUUUUGGAGUUCUUCACUCGACGCCAUUACAUUAACAUCAACAAGAUGACUGGAAGACUACUACUAGCGUUUGACUUUGACCAUACAAUGGUUGACGAGAACAGUGACCUGUGGGUGAAAAGACUUGCCCCUGGGGGAGAACUACCACAGGAGAUCGAGGACAAAUACAGCGAUGAUGGCUGGACUCAUUAUAUGGGCACCAUAUUCCAGUACCUCCAUAGUACAGGUGUCAAACAGUCUGAUAUCCAGCAAUGCCUCACCGAGAUACCUCUCACUAGUGGAUUUAAACAACUACUUGAUCAUGCACACAAACAAGGUCAUGAGUGCAUUGUCAUUUCUGACUCAAACUCAACAUUUAUUCAAUACAUCUUAGAGCAUUACAAUUUAGAAAAUAUAGUUUCUAAAGUAUACACUAACCCAGCUGAGUUUGAUACGGAGGGUUGUCUGCAAAUCGACUUCUACCACCACCAGGACUGGUGUGAUCUUAGCACCGAGAACUUGUGCAAGGGCCACAUUCUCACAGAACACAUCAGGCAGCAGGCUUCACUAGGCCAUACCUACAGUCAUGUGGUUUAUGUUGGGGAUGGCUCCAAUGACCUUUGUCCCUCUCUGACCUUGUCAGAUAAUGAUUAUGUCUGCCCUAGAGUUAAUCUACGUCUGUGGAAGAAGGUUAAUGCCAUUCUCGCUGGUGAAGAGAAAUAUAAAAAGUAUAGUCUGAAAGCCAAGGUACUGGAAUGGGAAUCUGGAACAGAAAUUUUGAAACUAAUCAAAGAACUGGAAUCUGAAAAGUGAUUUUGUUAUUGAUUUAGACUUGAUUUAUUAACAAAUUGAAUGUUCCCAUCAUCAUGAGUGUUACUACACAACAUUUUACCAUACUUUAAUUACUUGACAAUGUCAAAUAUGAUAAUUGUUCUAUUGUAAUGCUUUUGAUUUCAGAAUAAAUGAUUUAACUUACACACAUUAGCAAUAAUAUCACAGAAAUACUACAGGUUGAUGCUAACUGUACUGCCUCUACCACAUAAAUCACACAACAUCCUUUCUGCCACGGUUUAUCAAUAUCAGGAAUCCAGGCCUAUCCAUUAAACAUCAAGUGUAAGUAAGGCCUAAAAUAAAAUAUUGAUUGUUUCCCCUUUCUUACCUACCCACCCAACCCCCUACUCAAAACAUUUCAUUGUGGUUUUUCAGUCAAAAAAUAUUUUGUCACUUCUGUUUUCUUAAGCAAUGUUUAUACGUUUUAAUCUUUAUGAGUUUACAUAUUAAUUAAUUUCUGUGUUUUGUUGUUUAUGAUCUACCUUCAUAUAAUACACUUAAUAUUUUACUAAUGAUAUAAAGUGUCUUAAGUUUAGGAAGGCAGUAAAUAAUUAUGUAGCCAUAAUUGUUUUCUUUGAACAAAAAAAACCCCUAAAAUAUUUUACCUACGCAAAGUAUGGCAUGGGUCAGGAAAGGAAAAACAAAACAUAUUUUUAAUGCUAGCCUUAUGCGCAGAUCUCAGAUAUCCAUUAAACACAUAUUAGAAGUUUUAAUUACCACGGGACCGAUCCACUCUAUUUGACCCUUAAAGGACAGCGGUGUUGGUUAACAGGGGUUCCAAGUUGUCCAUUAAACAACAGUAAUGUUGGUUACAAGGGACUCCAGUCAAUCUAUUAAACAAAGGUGUUGGUGACCAGGGGCUCCAAUCUAUUAAUCAAACAACAGAUGUGUUGAUUACAAGUGGUCCAGUGUAUCUAUUAAACAACAGAGGGGUUGGUUACCAAGGAUACAGUCUAUCAAUUAAACAACAGAUAUGUUGGUUACCAGGGUCUCAGACUAUAUAUUAAACAACAAAGCUGUUGGUUACCAAGAACCGUUAUAUGUGAUCAAAUAAGUGACAGAGGUGUCGGUUACCAUGGUCCCCAGUCUAUCCAUUAAAUGACAGAGGUGUUGGUUACCGUGGUCCCCAGUCUAUCCAUUUAAUGACAGAGGUGUUGGUUACCAUGGUUCCCAGUCUAUCCAUUAAAUGACAGAGGUGUUGGUUACUGUGGUCCCCAGUCUAUCCAUUAAAUGACAGAGGUGUUGGUUACCAAUGUCCUCAGUCUAUCCAUUAAAUGACAGAGGUGUUGGUUACCGUGGUCCCCAGUCUAUCCAUUUAAUGACAGAGGUGUUGGUUACCAUGGUCCCCAGUCUAUCCAUUUAAUGACAGAGGUGUUGGUUACCAUGGUCCCCAGUCUAUCCAUUUAAUGACAGAGGUGUUGGUUACCAUGGUCCCCAGUCUAUCCAUUAAAUGACAGAGGUGUUGGUUACCGUGGUCCCCAGUCUAUCUAUUUAAAGACAGAGGUGUUGGUUACCGUGGUCCCCAGUCUAUCCACUAAAUGACAGAGGUGUUGGUUACCAUGGUCCCCAGUCUAUCCAUUAAAUGACAGAGGUGUUGGUUACCAUGGUCCCCAGUCUAUCCAUUAAAUGACAGAGGUGUUGGUUACCAUGGUCCCCAGUCUAUCCAUUUAAUGACAGAGGUGUUGGUUACCAUGGUCCCCAGUCUAUCCAUUAAAUGACAGAGGUGUUGGUUACCAAUGUCCUCAGUCUAUCCAUUAAAUGACAGAGGUGUUGGUUACCGUGGUCCCCAGUCUAUCCAUUUAAUGACAGAGGUGUUGGUUACCAUGGUCCCCAGUCUAUCCAUUUAAUGACAGAGGUGUUGGUUACCAUGGUCCCCAGUCUAUCCAUUUAAUGACAGAGGUGUUGGUUACCAUGGUCCCCAGUCUAUCCAUUAAAUGACAGAGGUGUUGGUUACCGUGGUCCCCAGUCUAUCUAUUUAAAGACAGAGGUGUUGGUUACCGUGGUCCCCAGUCUAUCCACUAAAUGACAGAGGUGUUGGUUACCAUGGUCCCCAGUCUAUCUAUUUAAUGACAGAGGUGUUAGUUACCAUGGUCCCAAGUCUAUCUAUUUAAUGACAGAGGUGUUGGUUACCAUGGUCCCCAGUCUAUCCAUUUAAUGACAGAGGUGUUGGUUACCAUGGUCCCCAGUCUAUCCAUUAAAUGCCAGAGGUGUUGGUUACUGUGGUCCCCAGUCUAUCCAUUAAAUGACAGAGGUGUUGGUUACCAAUGUCCUCAGUCUAUCCAUUAAAUGACAGAGGUGUUGGUUACCGUGGUCCCCAGUCUAUCCAUUAAAUGAUUGAGGUGUUGGUUACCAGACUGUUUCAGUCUUUCCAUUAAAUGACAGAGGUGUUGGUUACUAUGGUCCCCAGUCUAUCCAUUAAAUGACAAAGGUGUUGGUUACCAUGGUCCCCAGUCUAUCCAUUAAAUGCCAGAGGUGUUGGUUACCGUGGUCCCCAGUCUAUCCAUUAAAUGAUCGAGGUGUUGGUUACCAGACUGUUUUAGUCUUUCCAUUAAAUGACAGGUGUUGGUUACUAUGGUCCCCAGUCUAUCCACUAAAUGACAGAGGUGUUGGUUACCGUGGUCCCCAGUCUAUCCAUUAAAUGACAGAGGUGUUGGUUACCAUGGUCCCCAGUCUAUCCAUUAAAUGACAGAGGUGUUGGUUACCAUGGUCCCCAGUCUAUCUAUUUAAUGACAGAGGUGUUGGUUACCAUGGUCCCCAGUCUAUCCAUUAAAUGACAGAGGUGUUGGUUACCAUGGUCCCCAGUCUAUCUAUUAAAUGACAGAGGUGUUGGUUACCGUGGUCCCCAGUCUAUCCAUUUAAUGACAGAGGUGUUGGUUACCAUGGUCCCCAGUCUAUCCAUUAAAUGACAGAGGUGUUGGUUACCAUGUUCCCCAGUCUAUCCAUUAAAUGACAAAGGUGUUGGUUACCAUGGUCCCCAGUCUAUCCAUUAAAUGACAGAGGUGUCGGUUACCAUGUUCCCCAGUCUAUCCAUUAAAUGACAGAGGUCUUGGUUACCAGACUGUUCCAGUCUAUCCAUUUAAUGGCAGAUGUAUUAAUAUAAAUGUAGUAGUUUGAAGUUUCAACAUGUUUUGUCCUCAACAAUGCUUGUUAUAUCCAUCCAAUUAAGGAAGUAAAUACCUGGUAACUUUAAUUGAUGUUUGCUUAAAUUAUAUUUUAUAAGUGGACCAACAUAGCUUGAAGAACAGCUAGUCUGAAUUGAAUGCAAUUAUAUUGAGCACUACCAUAAUAUUCAAGCGUUGUAUUGAUAGAUUUUUAUAUAAUUGUACAGAUGCAGUUAUAUCUGGGUAUCAAAUGAUGUAAGUGCAGCGUAGCUUACUCCAAUCAACUGUGUCUUCAUUGAUGAUAGCUAUAAUAGUAUACAUCAAUCAACUUUUGCCCCAAAAGAGGGCAAAUAUACCACAGUAAUGAAAGUUCCAUUGAAAGAAUUGUAAACAUCACAUAUAACCAGGGCUAAUCUUUAAUGGGUCAAAAGCAUUUUUUUUUUGUCGAAGAGCUAUUUUUUCUGGUAUGUGUGUAGUGUCCUCAUUUACAUGUCGGUGUAGCCAGAGAGCAAAUUGUAGAAUUAAUACUGGUAGUACCCGAAUGUUUCAUAUUCAUACAGAGUUAUUGCCUUUUGUACGCUUUUCUAUAUACUGUACCAUUAUAAUAAUUUUCUUUGUACUAAAAAGUGAUUUUGAGUAAUUUUUGAUAUAGUUAUUAUAAAAUACAGUAUUACUCACCGUAUGUACAAAAACUUUGAUACAUUAUCUUUAACGUCCUGAGUAUGGCACAAUCAGAGUGUUAUAAUAAAAUCAGUAUCUUUUCUGUCAAGAUGUUAAUCUAGCUAUUAAUUGUUCAGCUUGACUUUGGAACCUAAACAAAUUUAUAGGUCAAUUUGAAUCAUCAUUUCUGGUGUGAGAGUUACAAAUGUGCACCCAGAAGUUUUUUCGACUGUAAAUCUACUGCACAGUGUGAUAUGUCGUCUCUGGUUUCUAGCAGUACGUAUAGUUUGUAAUGGAAGUUUUCUGCCAAAUUAUGAUUUGCUCUAAAUUUAAAUGUAGUUUCUGCAGGAUAUUGAUUUCUACACAGGCAAUCUAAUUAAAAUCUAGAUGGUCAUUCUCACUACGUUACAUCUAACAACAUCCCAUAAGGGGUCAAGUCGGGGUGACCUUUUGGAUUAGCCAAUCAAAUGACUACUUACAGAAUCUUGGAAGUGAAAAUUAUUUGUCCGAAUGAGCAUGACUAGAGUGCACAGCUUGCAUAAUCUGUCAAUUUAUUUCAAGUCAUUUCGUCCCAGAAUGCAUAUAGCUUCAUGUUUAUAUAUGCUGUGCUGAAAGGGUUUGCUUCAGAUGCAUACUGUGACGAAAUGGUUUGCUUCGAUGACAUCGACAAAUUGACGAUUCGCCCUAAAAGUGAAAUAUAAGGUCAUCAGAACCUGACCCUUAUGGGAUGUUGUUAGAUGUUCAUGUAACGUAGAGAGAAUGGCCAUCUAGGUUUUAAUUAGAUUUCUACACAGUCAUCUGGAUGUGGUUAGUAUUUAUAAGACAAAAUAUUAGACCGUUCUCUUACACACUAUUACAUAUAGUAGGAGUAGGAGCUAGUAUUUGUUUCUAUACAGGUAAAUACCAACUAGGUGCAGACAGCUGUGAUUUCUACAACAACAAUUGUAUCAUUGGGCCAAUUCAAGAAGCACUAAAUUUCGAGUGCACCAGUGGCCGCGGUGUCCGAGUGGUUGAGGUGUCCCUGACACUUUAUCACUAGCCCUCCAACACUUGGUUGCGAGUUCGAAACCUACGUGGGGCAGUUGCCAGGUACUGACUGUAGGCCAGUGGUUCUUCUCCGGGUACUCUGGCUUUCCUCCACCUCCAAAACCUGGCACGUCCUUAAAUGACCCUGGCUGUUAAUAGGACGUUAAACAAAAACAAACCAAAUUGAGUGCACCAAAAUAUGUACUAUAUUACAGUAUUAUUGCUAGCCCACAAGGUUUGUAAGAUGUGAGGAGCAAUAUGAAAUAUAUCCACUGUACAUAUGUGACUUCAUCAAGAUUUAGACUCAUUUUCAUCAAAACAGGAGCAAGAACACUAGCUGUUUUACCUUCUUUUUCUACUUGUAGAAAUGAUUUAUGAAAUUAUUUUUGAAUAAAUAUUGAUUUGACACAAGGUGUAUGAAACUUUUUAACUUUUUAAAAUCCAGCAUAUGCUUGUUAAGUUAUUAGUCCUAACCAGAACUCAGGGGGGACUUUUAGUUUUGUGUUGUGUCCGUCAGUCCCUCUGUCCGUCCGUCCUUUCAUCCUUCGUCCAUCCUUCUGCACAUUAUUUUCUCUAGGCCAGACAAAAAUAGUCAAGCAUUCAUGGUUAUAAUGGAGCUCAGGGAACCACAAAAAGUUGACCUUAAAAAGUUCACUGCUGAAAUACUUGUAUCUGUAAAAGUUUUCAAUAAAAAAAGCAAAAAGAAAAAGUUAAACAAUUUUUUAGGAAUUUUAACAAAUUUAAUGGAACUGAUGCAAAAUCAAUGAUUAGAUUGAUUAACAGAUUCAGUGUAAUGUGGUAGGACAAUUUAUCAAUGUAACAAUGAACAAGGCAGAUGAAUAAACAAAUCAACCAUGUUUUGUACACUACUCUAACAAUAUAUAUCAAUAACCGUAACGACCACAUGUCAAUUUAGAAGGAGUCACUUACCUGGGGUAAAAACAUGUUCAACUAAAAGCUUUCUAAAAUUUCAUUUUUGUUUUAAACAGCAAUUCUCAUUAAUCACCAAUAUUUCUUCAUUUCAAAAUAAUUUAUUUCCUUACAAGGGUUAUUCCUGGACCAGGAUAAUAUCUACCCAAAGGGAGGACUUCUGGUUUGUCAUCAUAGGCACCCACUGAAGUUAUUUAAUUCAAACAGCAUUGUAUUAUAUAUUAGACUGUAUUUCCAAUCAUAGAAUGUCUUUAUUUCUGGAUUCAUCCCAUUGGAUAUUUGACUUGAAUAACCCUGACCUGUUUUUAAAAUAAAACAUACAUAUUCAAUAUCAAUAUGUCAAGUAAUAAGUUCUUGAUUGAUAAAGAUAUUUUUCAUCAAACUCCAAUAUAGUUUAUCAUCAAAAGUUGUUUGUGGGUACAGGACGGUAUUUUCAAAAUAUUUUCAAAAUAAAAAGUUUAAAUAUGAAUUAAAAUCACUGUAAAGUACACCCCCUCCUGCCAAGAAAUCAGACCUUGAUUAUGUAUAACAAAAUUAAGACAGACAUUUUCUGCACAGUGUUUACCCCACUGCCAGUGGAUGGCUUAAAUAUACAACUGACCGCCCACUCUCUCCAACUAAAACCCUCAGAUACAUUUGUAGAAAGUCAUAAUAAGAAAGUACAUGUACUUGAUAAUCAGAUUUACAAUGAGAUGAAUUGUACAGGCAAAACUCAAAAUGGUGAUGGAAGCAUGUAUCACUUUGAUGAUCAUCGAAGGAGUUUGUUCGGUUUGUUCAGUGGUGACCACACUCAGUUUUUCCCAACCACAGGUCACCUGACUAACCAGGAUUCCCGGAGAUAGCUCUCGCGGGUUUCCUACAUUUUGGAUAUCACACCCCACAUCAUGAUUAUUACAUUCACCCAGCAGGUGACAACAAUGGUAAUUAGUGGAUUAUUGAAAACGUAAUAAGAAAUCUUUGUGAAUAAUUAUUGAGUUGAGUUUGGCUGUAUAGACAUGAAAAUAUCAAUUUUAAAUUCACACAAAUUAAACAAUUUUUUUUUGAAAAUCUACAAUGUAUAACAGUAAAAUUGAUUUUCUUUUCUAAAAAUAAGUUAAAUGUCUAUCACAGUAAGCUAGAAUAACAGAUGUAUGCCAAAAUGUCAGAUAUAUAUCAAGUGUGAUAUCAAAAACAACAGAAAAAAAUGGCCGUCCAUAAAAACAUCACUCAGUCCGACUCUCUUAAUCAGCUUAAACCCAGAAAACUGGCAAAGGCCCCACUCUAUAAGAGCUAAUAGCUUUACCUCCAAAAUUACCUUAUUAGGUAAAUUCAAAAUAUGGAAGUCUAACAUACACCAUAAAUCCA